CCCGUUAAGAAAAACGUGUUCGGAGUGAUCCAUUCUCGUGGGCGAAACCCAGAUCCCACAGAUCCGGGCGGCCAUGGGGGACGCCCGCCGCCGCCGCCGCCGCCGCCGCCGCAAGAAUUCCCGGCGGGUACCCGCGCGGGAGGGAGAUAUUGAAGCCAUUCCGGGCGAGCUUCUCGAGCUGGUGUUCCUGCGCCUCCCCUCGCCUGCCCACCUCAUCCGUGCCGCGUGCACCUGCAGGCGAUGGCGCAACGUAAUCGCGGGCGACGGCGGCAGCUUCCUCCGCCGGUUCGGCUCUCUGCCCGGCGCGUCGUCCGACCACGUUGUCGGCCACUACCGCGUCAACGAGCGCCACGGCCACCCGCGUCCGCCUGGCCUUAACCCCGUAUUCGUCCCGUCCUCCUCCUCUUCCUCGCCGAGGGCGGACGCCGUCGCCGCUCGGAACCUCGCGCUCGACUUCCUCCCGCGGGGGGAGUUUGGCGAUUGCGGCUGGGAGCUCGCCGACAUCCGGGGCGGCCUGCUGCUCCUCUUCCACUCGGAGCUGGCGCCAGGCAUCCUCAUCUGCGAUCCCCUGAGGCGAUGCUUCAGGGAAAUCCCUCGCUCGGCGUGGUUCCACGGCUGCCACAUGCUGGGCGCUUUCCUCCUCGACGGCGAGGACGAGGACGCGGCCGCGGGCAUCAGCCUGACAAACUUCAGGGUGACGUGCGCGCUCUUUCGCUUUGGGGACCGCAACGCCAGGGCCUGCGCCUUCUCGUCCGCCGGCGGCGGCUGGACCUCCGGCGCCGCACGUAGCAGCACACCAGUCUGCCGCGACAGGGAGUUGGCCCCCAUCUAUUUCGCAGGGAGCACCAAACGGGUCGCCUACUGGACGGUCGGAGACAACGUUGUUCUUGCUCUGCACAAGGACAACGCCGAGCUCCUCGCUGGUGUCCUGCUGGACGACAUAGAGUACGCCGUGCUCCGGGACAAGCGACAUGCCACGGAGUACGCAUACCAGCUGCCAUGGCCACCUACGAUCGAAGCUUGCGUGACAUAGCUGCAUUGGUGGGCUGUGGAUAGGCCAUGGCAUCGUCCCAGGUUCUCAAUUCCUCAAUCUGCCGUUUAUCGUGAUGAUCCUCGAGGACCAUGUGUGUCUGUCCAUAGGCAUCAAGUGGCAAACAAUUUCAGAUGUUUACAAGUUCAGUUCGUUGGAUUGUUUCUUGUUGCUGUUUUGAACAUUUAUCUGUUCUUCAGAUUACUUUCAUAAACUUGAAACUGUUUGUAUCUGUUUUGAACAUUAAUCUGGUCUUCAGUUUACUUUCAUAAAA